AUGUUGUGCAGAGUUACCGUAGCACAAGGGACUCUGGAGGGACAAGUCCGUACAACCUAUAACGGGAAGAAAUAUUACAGCUUUGAGGGCAUUCCUUAUGCAAAACCUCCUGUCGGGAGAUUAAGAUUUAGGGAUCCUCAAGAACCGGAUAGUUGGACAGGUAUACGUGAUGCUACUAAACCAGGGAAUAAAUGUGUUCAAAUUAAUCCUUAUUCUCCAACAAAUUUAAUUGGAUGUGAAGACUGUCUGUAUUUAAAUGUGUACACACCAUGUCUACCUGCAGAAAAAUUGGAAAAGCUGCCAGUUUUAUUUUUUGUACAUGGUGGCAGGUUUCUUUUUGGUUACGGUGAUUAUUACCAGCCAGAUUAUUUGAUAAGACAUAAUGUUAUCUUAGUAACAAUUAACUACAGAUUAAAUAUAUUUGGAUUUCUAUGUUUAAAUAUACCAGAAGUCCCAGGAAAUGCUGGCCUUAAGGAUACCAUAAUGGCGUUAAAAUGGGUAAAAAUUAAUAUUAAAUAUUUCAAUGGCGAUGAAAAUAAUGUUACUGCUUUUGGCGAAAGCGCAGGUGCAGGGGUUGUGACGUCAUACUUAACUUCUAAAAUGGCGGAUAACUUGUGUCACAAAAUAAUUGCACAGUCAGGAAAUAUGCUUUCAGAUUUAUACAUAGUGGAAGAAGAUCAGAUUGCAAAAGCAAGAUACUUGACAUCAAUAAUGGGGAAAGAAAUAUCCGAUGUUAGAGAAAUGUAUGAAUAUUUAAUAACAGCGCCUGUUGAAGAACUACUUAUGGCUUUCAUUAGCGCUGAAUUAAGCAGGCCGCCGGCUAUAAUUAACGCUUACUUACUACCUGUAGUGGAGAAAAAAUUUGAAGGCGUUGAACAGUUUUUCGAUGAGCAUCCGAUUGUGACAAUGCGUGAAAACCGUUUCAAAAAGCUACCAGUUGUCGUCACAUUAAAUUCACACGAAAGCGCGCUGUUUCUACGAAGAGACGAACACGGUAACAUUGCCUAUGAAAACAACUUACAGUAUUUUAUACCUCGCUAUUUAGGCAUUGAAUAUGAUUCUCCGAGGGCUGUUAAAUUCGCUAAGAAAUUGCGUGAUUUCUAUUUCGACGGUAAAGAUGUGACAUUUAAUGAAAAAUAUCUAGAUUUCAUUUCAGAUGCUUACUUUGCUAGAGAUACAGUUAUGCUCAUAGAAUACUUAUCAAAAUAUAACAAAGAUACUUUUUUCUGUUUCUUCUCUUACUGUGGCAAUAUGAACACGAGCUUGAUGCGGAAACUAGGCUUCAAAGGGGCGUCGCAUGGCGACUUAAUACAAUACGUGUUUUAUAGAAAAAAUAAGGCUGCAAAAUGUACAGUGAAGGACCAAAAAAUUGUUGAUUUUCUGUCAGAAGCUUGGUGUAAUUUUGCUAAAAACGGUAAACCUACUUGGCGAGGCCAGCGAAUACAGUGGCUGCCUUAUGACCAUAGAAAUAGAUUGUGCAUGCACGUGGAUGAAGAACUUCAGCUGGUUACUAAUCCGAAUUGGAAAAGAUAUUCGGCAUGGGCGGACUUAAUGGGCGAGAGGUGCAAAUUGUAA